AUGCACGUGCUCGACUGGCUGCAUACGAACCGACGCGAUGGCUGUGACCAAGAUGCGAUGGCGCUCGCUGUCGCCCGCGGCCACUUUGACGUUGUGCGUUGGCUCCACGAGGUAUACGGGCUAUGGCGAACCCACGCCGACUUGGCCACAGCAGCCUACAUUGGCCACAUGACAAUGGUGACAUACCUCUUGGACGUACCGAUGGGUGGUGUCGACAAUGACACUCCAAAUGCGAACGUUGCCGUCGCAGCGAUCUUGCCGGAGCGGGAUGGUCAUCUUGGCGGCUCGCGCACCGACUACGUCACAGGGCCACCGACGUACUGGGCGGCGAGCCAAGGCCAUCUCGAGAUCCUUCAGCUGCUCGUCGCUCGCGACUAUGAAUUGCCGCUGGAUGCACGUUGUGCGCUACCUCCAUGA